AUGAGCGAUGGGCGGCGGAGCGUGAGCCGGGAGAGGUCGUUUCAGGAGCUGAAGAGGAAGAGUGAUGCCUCGCUGGGGGUGGGAUCGGAGGGCGUGGAUGCGGACAGGCUGUCGGCCAGCAACGCGUUUGGCCUGCAGAAUGUCUGGGAGCCGCCGCCGCUUGCUGCUGAACGUUCGACCGACCGCGUGUCGCUGAAUGGGAAGGUGGCUGGUCUGGAUCAUAAACCAGAGCCGUCAAUUGCUCCCUCGGUUGGAAUAGCAGCUGGUUCUCCAGGGGUCACUGCAGUUUCGGCGUCGGAGUCUCCAAGUGUUUUGUCUGAGGAGUCGUCAAUAACCUCUGAGGCCCAAUCGAUAUCUCGACCAGAAUCGCCAGUUGGCCUUCCCCCUGGGCCGGCCAUUCCAGGUGGUGCUGAUGAUGAGGACCUGGAUCAGAAACGCAAAGUGUCUACUAAGGUUCAAGGCCUGGUUGAUAUGUAUGAUGGGAUAUCUCGAAGUGCAUCUCAAAACGCAUCUCCUAAUAUCGGGGCUACUUCACCAAGGACACCUACGGGGAUUUCGAUGACAGCGUUAUUAUCAAGACCUGAAUUACAGGUUGAUGAUCAAGACUCAGAUGUACCGUCUGAGAAAGAUGCUACGCAAGCUGAUGAAGAGGUCCAUCCAACGGAGGGUAGCGACGCCCCCGAACCUCCCAGCCAUACGAAUACAGACGCAGAUGCUACAUUAUCAAGUUCUAUACCUGCUUCUCAAAGAAAACAACACUCAAGGGUCCAUUCUAUCGACUUUCAUGUUGACAUGUCCAACCUUGAUGAUUUAUUCCCCACCACACCCCCUAUCACAGUUGAUCCAGAGGAGGUUCCAGACGUUAUUAUCAAAGACUCUUUUACGUCAAUAUCCGAACGCAAAACCUGGUAUCGGAUCUCACGAUUAGGCGCAAUGCGAAUGCACCAACUGGGCGACGAGGAAAACUAUGUGCGUGUGGAUUGGAAGCGUUCUGCUGCUCGCCAGGACACACUAAAGAUCGUUCGUCGGUGGAUGGAGGAAGAGUCUGGCGGACGUCCUACACUUGGCCGGAAGGUGGGUGCCAUUGGUGGAUCUGUCUUCAACUGGAACUCUUCUGCGCCGCCUGUGGAAAUUGGCGAGCUUCUUCGUAAGAGGGGUGGACAUUCGAAGGCGGGCUCGAGCGCUUCACGGGCAUCAGGUAUUCUAUCUCCGGCAACAGCUGAAUUCAGCUGGGCCACGCCGCCAGUCUCUCCAGGCAUAUCAAACCGCCCACCAUCACAAGCUGCGCGGACGAGUGAAUCAAGAGCCCGCGCCAGCGCUUCAUCUCGACCACAAUCAAUGGUCUUACCACGAGCAGCACCGCCACCAUCAUCACCGGAAACGCAGACGAGUGAAUCAGGGCCCGGGACUGGUGCUUCGACUCGACCGCAAUCGAUGGUCUUGCCGCGUGCACCACCGCCACCUUCUGAUCCUUCGGCAGAGUUUAUCGAGCCGCCGAAGAUUCAACCCGUUCCUAUCAUCACCAGGUCUGUUGAUGUUGCGGCUCGGCCAUCUAUAGACCAGACUCUGUCUAAACCCGUCCCUACACCGAUCGUAGUGAAUGGAUCCAGGGGUUCGUUUUCAGAUGACAAAGAUGCUAGUGAUGACGAAGACGAAGAUGACGAGGAGGAGGAUGAUUGGGGAGAAAUGGUAACCUCACCUACUGCUGAAACAAGCCCGUGGCCGUCGAGUGGGCCCACUCAUGUUUGGCCUGCAGAACCUGUGAAAAUCUCAACCGAUAUAAAAGCGACGAAGGAUCCCUCAGAGGAUACCUCCUUGGAAAAGAGCAAAGAUGAAAUCAUCAGUCCCGGGUGGCCUACAGUUGUGUCUGCUCAGACUUGGCCUGUGGCAGAUGCUAAACUCUCCACCAAUAUAGGAGAAGAUGCUAUGAAACUGUUGGAGGGCGUAUCCCCAGACAUAAGCAGGGACGAAAUUGUUAGCCCUGGAUGGCCUACUGUUGGGGCCACCAUCACUUGGCCCGUGGCAGCAGUAAAGAUCUCAACCAACAUUGAAGCGCCAAAGAAACUUCCAGAGGACACAUCAGCGGAUAAGAGCAAAGAUGAAAUAAUCAGCCCCGGAGUGUGGCCUACAGUUGUGCCCAACCACACUUGGUCUGUCCCAGACGUCAAGAUCAACAUCUCGACCAACGUCGAAGAGACAAAGGCACUACCAGACAAUACAUCGCCAGACGAGAGCAAACAUGAAAUAGUAAGCCCAGGAGUGUGGCCUAUGCCAUCACAACAAGACGAAGACCCUGCUCCUGCAACCUUUGGCGAUAUGGGGCUACAACCAACUGGGACAGGAAUGGUCGCUCCUCAGCACCCGCUCUCUGUACCAAAACAAAAACCAAAGCCGCGGCCUUUGGCAUCAUUAGACUCAGCUCUCGCUUGGACCGGAGAGCCUUUGAACUCUCCGGCGCUGUCACCUCUAUUAAUGGAAUCGCCUCCACCCCCGCCUCCUCCCAAAUCACCGAGGAGCUUCGCUGCGACGGGGCCCAACCAGGCCCUGUUCGCUGGUGAAGAGGAAACGGCUACGAGCAUUUUAGGAAACCUCCCAGAUCUGUCAUACAUGCUGAGAUGA